CUCAUGUCUUACUGAUCUUAUUAGUCCUCGCACUUGUCGAACUCUAAGUCACCCUUCUAGCCUUAAGACUCCUACUAUUAUAACCUUGAAGUCAUCAAAUUUCGAGAACUACCUACCUAGCCUACUACCUAGCCUACUACUACCUAGGUUACCUAGUAUUUAUCAUGCCUCCAAUUUUACCCACUUCGAUGCUCGAGGGUUUACCCGCCGGCCGAGUUUUAGUCCACGAGCUUAAAAACAUUAAACCAACAAGAACGCUACCGAAUGUUGUCACCAGAGUUCUCUCCGCCCGACAGCAGGGAACUACAACGGUCGUGACAACUAGUACCGGCGGGCCAACAAAUAACCUGUCGGGUGGAGCAAUUGCUGGAAUUGUCAUCGGAUCAAUCAUCGGCUUCCUUUUCCUACUCUGGAUCAUCCGGUCCUGUAUAAACUGGCGCAAUCCCGGAGCGUGGGGAAACACCUUCGAGCCUGAUAAUGAGAAGCCGCCGCAUACCCACUAUUACGGCGGCUCGACACGGUACCCCCGGGAGAUACACGGACACCGUCAUCGAUCGCACUCGCGCCACUCCCACCGUAGCCCGCGGCGCACCUCGGUCGUGAGCGUCACGAGACCCGCCUACGCCGACCGCCAUCGCAGUAGGAGUCCUCGUGCUCCACCCGCAGCUUACUACGCAGACGGAAGGGACGUGCGAAGGUCGGGCGACGGGAGGAGGUAUUCGCGAAAAUACUAAGCUCACGGCUUAUUACGAACAGCGCCAUGAUGUUUCAAACACAAUAUGGUGACAAUUAUGACGAUGACGAUGAUAAUGUUAAUGGUAAUGGUGGUGGUGAUGGUGAUGAUAACGACGACAUCAACGGGGUAUAUACC